UGUCGAAUUCAGCAUACCGGCCUUGCAAAUAGCCUUAUUCACUUGGCUGGAUUCGGUUUUCUUGUCACAUUUCCUGCUAGCUUCGUUGCUACCUGUAGCCAGCACAAGGCAUCAUCUUGCUCUAUCUUUGUUCCGAAGCAUAGUUUAUCAUCACCUCCAAAAUUCUCCCAGGCCGUUGCUCCAUCUCUCAAUACUCCUUGCGUUGGAAUUCUUGAUGCCGAGAAAACAAAAGCUUCAACUUUAAUUCCGACUUGUACAGUUGUCCCCACGCCGUCUUUCUUACAGGCUGGUCAACAUACUCCCUUGCUUAUUGAUAAUACGAAUGCUGAUAGCCCUACUACUGAAGGACUUGCUAUUGUUGGCCCUUCGUGUACUCCUUUUUCGUCUGUCGAUCUCACGCGUUCUUCGGUUAGUCUUUGUGUCGAAAAUAAUGUGAUGCAGACCCACGAGAACUCCAAUUUAGUCAAAAUCUCCGUCCCUGAUAUUGGUGUGUCUGCAUCACUAAAUAAGGAUACGAAACCUCUACAGGAAGACCUUGCUCUAAAGCUGCUUCAUACCAAUGCUAAUGGGAUAGAUACGUCAGGUAGUGAAACUCCUUCUUUGCCGGGGAAAGUCGAUAAAUCUUCUAUUGUCUGUCAAAGCCCUGAUUUCUGUCAGUCAGUCCUCGAUGCUAUUACUGAAUUACAUACGUUCCUAUAUAGAAGCGCCAAUGCACAAGCCCAUCUUCAAGAUGCAUUUGUUUUUUGUCAAGGUCUCUUAAAAAAAGCUGCAGGCGAGUGA